CGCCGCCGCGGGCGCACUCGCCGGUCGCAGUGAAAAGGCGGAGGCGGCGGCCGCUCCGGCUCGGCUCCGGUUCCCAGUGCCUCCCCCGCCGCACCCCCUCCCCGCCUCCUGCACCCGCCAAACUUGAUGUGACCCCAGCCCGACGCUGCGGCUGCCCCUCUCACCGCCCCGCGCGCUCCCCACCGCCACCCAGCCCCUCACUCCCGGAGCGCACCGCUCACCUCGCCCCUUCCCACCUCCUCGCCGGGGCCGGGCGCCGCGCUAGCCCUCCGCGUUCCCUUCCCCUAGCCACCCCCACCCCACCCCCCGCACCAUGAGCAACCUGAAGCCGGACGGCGAGCACGGCACCAGCACGGGCACCGGCACGGGCUCGGGCUCCAGCGGCACCCUGGAGGAGGAGGUCCGGACACUGUUCGUCAGUGGGCUCCCUGUGGAUAUUAAACCCAGAGAACUCUAUCUGCUCUUCAGGCCGUUCAAGGGGUAUGAAGGGUCCCUGAUCAAGCUCACAUCGAGACAGCCUGUUGGUUUUGUGAUCUUCGACAGCCGGGCAGGAGCAGAAGCGGCCAAGAAUGCAUUGAACGGUAUUCGCUUUGAUCCUGAGAACCCUCAGACCCUGAGGCUAGAGUUUGCCAAAGCCAACACCAAGAUGGCCAAGAACAAGCUAAUGGCUACACCAAAUCCUACCAACGCUCACCCCGCCCUAGGAGCACACUUCAUCGCACGAGACCCCUAUGACCUGAUGGGGGCCGCUCUGAUCCCCGCAUCCCCAGAGGCCUGGGCCCCCUACCCUCUGUACACCACAGAGCUGACCCCAGCCAUCUCACAUGCUGCGUUUACCUACCCAGCCGCCACUGCUGCUGCCGCUGCCGCCCUACAUGCUCAGGUGCGCUGGUACCCUUCCUCUGAUACCACCCAGCAAGGAUGGAAAUAUCGUCAGUUCUGUUAGUUCUUCAGUCUGGUCACCACAGCUCGAAGCCCCCGCCCGCCUCACUGGGGAGGGAGCCACCCUGAGCUUCCACUGCCCCCAGGUGGCCUGUGCAGAGCUGCUGCUUCCCUCCAAAGACUGUGAAUUUUAAGCCUGACUCAGUGGACUCUGUUUCCUUUCUCUCCUUUUCCUCUGCCCUGUCCUGCCCCAAAGCCCCUCUCCAAGGCCUCACGGCAGGAUUCAGGGGCCUUUUCACUGGGACACCCAGACCCAGCUCAGAGGUCUCACUGGGACUGAGCAAGGCCUGACCUCCAGUCCAAAUUUGCUUCCGUAGCCCCACCUCAAAGAAAUGAGGCGUUUAAUUUUGCAUGUUUUCCUGGCAUGAAUUAAGACACUUAAACUUGUAUAUAUGUGAGUGUACAGUUUGUUCUCACAUUGUGUCACCAUAGCAACAAGUCCUGGCCACUAAUGGUUCAUCAUUCCCGGUCCCCCUCCCCU